AUGGGAACGUGGAACUACAUGCUUAAGAUUAAGCUCACCGAUCUGCAUCCUAUCUUCCGUGAGCUUGACUUGAUGGCUAACCCUCAAAUUCGCCUGCGUUUCCGUGUGAAUCAGGGAACGUCUGUAGUCGCGGUAGAUGCUUCAAAGGGUAUGUCACUAACCUCUACUACUCUAUCGUCUGGUAAUACGGUUGUAAAUGCUCUUGAACCUACCAUCGAUGGUACAUACAUGCCUUUUACUACUGCUCGUUUGUAUGUCCCUUUCGUUCAUCUUGAGAACCCUCAAGCUAUUAUCUCUAAGCCGGUUAAGAAGGUACGCUACAAUGAUUGCUACGCACAGUGGUUUUACCAGCGUGCUAGUAUUGGUAAGUCCUCGACUCAACUAAAUGCUGCUUUCGAUCUACAGCUAUCGUCAAGUGUUAAAAACGCGAAAUAUGUUGUGCUUUUACCAUUCGCGGAACAGACAAACAACUUUGCUUCUGCUACUGUUCAGCGGUUCCAGAGCCCCUUCGAUAGCUCUCCAUACACGCUUCAGCCCGGGUCGUCGAUUCGCAACUUUAACGUUCGUAUUGGCUCGACUCAGGUGUUCAAUAUCAGUCAUGACUAUGAUUUCCACCACUUUACCAACGAAAUUGCUAAGAUUUCAGCGAUUAACGGAGAUCUAAUCCCUGAGCUCGUAAAUGGUCUACUUGACUAUCAGACGUGGUCGCUCACAAACCGCAUGCUUAUUGCCGAUGUCAGUCGCCUGACUGAGCGCGAUGUACCUCAGGCUAUUCAGAUCCAAGGUACGAACGCCGGAUGCCAAGGUGUGAAUAUGCUGAUCCUCGUAAUUAGCGAACAGGAACUAACGUUCGAUAGACUAACCGGAGAGGUUCUAGACUUCACUACAGCGUAA